UCAAAACAUUGCGCAAUCAUUAAAGUGCGGUGUAUUGUGUUAUCAAAUUUGUCAAAGUUAUUUUAAAUUGAUAUAUUCUUUUUUUUCAUCUUGGAAAAAAAAUGAGUGAAGGAAAAGUAAUAAAAAAACAUCCACCAACAUCGGAGAUGGUUACUGUUGCCAUUAAAGAAUUACAUGAUCGUAAAGGAUCAUCUUUACAAGCUAUCAAAAAAUAUGUUGCUGCAACAUAUGAAAUUGAUGCUGAUAAAUUUGCUCCUUUUAUCAAGAAAUUCUUAAAGACUGCAGUUGCCAAUGGUGUUAUUGCUCAACCAAAGGGACAUGGGGCUUCAGGAUCAUUUAAAUUAUCUGUCAAAGAUAAAAAUGCAAAACCAUCUGCAAGAAAAACAACUCUUAUAAAAAGGGCUCCACGUAAAGCAAAGAAGAUCGUUGCUGAGAAGAAGAAGACAACAAAAGUUGGUGGUAAAAAACCAAAAGUAAAAUCAACAACAGCUAGGCCUAAAGUCACCAAGGCCAAAAAGGCUUCUUCCAAAAAAGUUCCAAUCACAAAAGCUAAACGAAGUGCCAAGAAGUCUGUCAAGUAGAACUGAUAGAAUUGUCAACAGCAUUUCGUAAAAUUCAUAAACAAUCGGCCCUUUUCAGGGCCACCAACUGUUUAUAACAAGGAAUUUAUUUUGAUUCUUGAA